AUGGCCAAAGCUCCGACAACACUUCGUCGGCAGGACCACGAACACGACCAGGCAGAACCACGAAAGCCGCGAGGCUCCCAGGACAUCUUCACGAUGGUGAUCAAUCCGACAUACCUCGCGCAGCGGACGCGCAGUUCCGCGAGUUGGGGAGAUGCGAAGCAACGAGUCCUGCACAGCUACCGGGACUGGGUGCGGUCGGCCCCCGAGAUUCAGCAAAUGUACUCCCUCAACAUGCCCGUCUCCGCGAUCCGGACAAAGAUGCGACAAGAGUUUGAACGGCACAGAUACGUGGCGCAGCUGAGGACGGUGGAUGUGUUGUUGUUCAACAGUCAUCAGGAGUUCCAGGAAACACUAAACUUCUGGAAGCAACUCACACACGUGCUCAAAUACUUCAGAGCGGAGGAGGACCCGAAGGCGAAGCUGCCGCAGAAUUUCAUACAGGGUUUCAUUGAAGGACGGAACUAG